AUGGAGAUAUACAGUUUUCCAGGCGGCGUAUACAUAAGCUCACUCCUAGUGGAAAGAAAUUAUCAAUGCCCAUACCCAUCGUGUCCUAAAGGUGGUUUCUCAUUUGCAACUUUAAACGGUGGUUCCUCAUGUCCAACUUUAAACGGUUUGAAAACGCAUAUCAUUACAGAUGCGAGGGCUACUGGCAAAUCUGAGCAGCAGUUAUCUAUUCGCAGUUAUCUACUCGAGCUGAUCAAUGGCUCGAGGAUGAGUUCUCGGCUAGUAGGCAGACUGGAAUAUCCCAUACCAGGAAGCGAAAAUAUGAUGAGUUUGAGGAGGGUGGUGAAGGAGAGAAAUGGCGUUCCAUUGUUGCUAGCAAGCCCAAAUCCUGCGCCUUGUGAGGCUGGUGAACUGAAGUCUAUGCUCUCUGGCCCGAAUCCUGCGCCUUGUAAGGCUAGUGAACUGAAGUCUAUGCUCUGUGGCCUGAAUCCUGUGCCUUGUGAGGCUGGUGAACUGAAGUCUAUGCUCUUUGGUCUGAAUCCUGUACCUUGUGAGAUAAGUUUGUUGAAACAGGAAGCUAGUAAACUGAAGUCUAUACUCUUUGGUCUGAGUCCUAUGCCUUAUGAGGCUAAUAAACUGAAGUCUAUGCUCUUUGGUCUGAAUACUGUAUCUUAUAAAACGAGUUUGUUGGAAGGAGAAGCUGGUAAACUGAAGUCUAUGCUCUCUGGCCUGAAUCCUGCGCCUUGUGAAACGAGUUUGUUGGAAGGGGAAGCUGGGUUGAAACCUUUACUGAGUUUCCGGAGAAUGCGAGGAGUAACAAGACGUUCAUACUGGAUUCCAAUAAUCAUUCUCUAUCCUGACUUAGUUACUCAUACUUACUAG